CUCUCUUUAUUACAGCAAUGGCAGAAAGUAGAACAUUAAGUAGAGUAGCCGCCGCCAAAAAGAAUCCCGUAGAGAAAAAGAAGCAAGUGAUUGCUCCCGAGGGUACUAGUUUUGUAGACAUUGGUGUUGAAGAAUGGUUAAGCGAUACUUUAAAAAACAUGUCGAUCAAAGAACCCAGUGAGAUUCAACGUGCUUGUAUACCCCCCAUUCUUGCCGGUAAAGACGUUAUCGGUGGUGCAAAGACUGGUUCCGGUAAGACUGCUGCGUUUGCCUUACCCAUCAUUCAAAAGUUAUCCGAAGACCCUUAUGGUGUCUUUGCUCUUGUCUUGACUCCCACCCGUGAAUUAGCUUUCCAAAUCGCUGAACAGUUCAGAGUGCUGGGCAAAGGAAUGGGUAUUAAAGAAAGUGUGGUUGUUGGUGGCAUGGAUAUGAUGGCACAGGCUUUAGAACUCCAAAAGAGACCUCAUGUUAUUAUUGCUACACCUGGUCGUCUUCGUGAUCAUAUCCGUAGUAGUUCAGGCGCUGUAGAUUUAAGACGCUGCAAGUUUUUAGUAAUGGAUGAAGCGGAUCGUAUGUUAUCACCUACAUUUGUUCCCGAACUCGAGGUUAUUUUACCUUUAUUACCCAAGGAUCGCCAGACUCUUUUAUUCACCGCCACCAUGACCGAAUCCAUCCUGGCCUUACGUGACGCCGAAGACGAUCCUAAAAAGCAACCCUUUGUUCACAUGUGUGAUAUGUCCACCUCCACAGUCAACACCCUCGAUCAGUUUUACGUCUUUGUCCCAUCACAAGUCAGAAUGGUCUAUUUGGCCCAUCUCUUACGCUCUGAAGACUUGCAAGAUAAAUCCGUCAUCAUCUUUUGUGGAAGAUGUUCAACAGCAGAGUUAAUGACCGUCAUGUUGAAGGAAUUGGGUAUUCGUUGUACUGCGCUUCAUUCAGAAAUGACACAACAACAACGUUUGGAUUCACUUGGAAAGUUUAGAGCUGAAGUCAUCAAAAUUUUGAUUUCUACUGAUGUUGGUUCUCGUGGUCUGGAUAUUCCUUCCGUUGAAUGUGUGCUGAAUUAUGACAUCCCUCGUGAUCCUACCGAUUACAUUCAUCGUGUAGGUCGUACUGCUCGUGCUGGUAGAGGUGGUAAAGCCAUUUCAAUCGUGGCUGAAAAAGAUAUCCAAUUAAUUCAAAACAUUGAAGAACGCACUAACAAGAAAAUGGAAAAGUACGAGGUCAAUGAAAACGAAAUUUUGGAAGAGUUGAAUGAGGUUACUGCAGCCAAGCGUUUAGCUAGCAUGCAACUGCACGAUAAACAAUUUGGUGAAAAGACACAUCAAAGAAAGAAGAAGAGAAUGGCUGGUAAAGAAUAGAUUUUGGAAAAGAAUUAGAGAAUUGCAUACACACACUUUUCUUUGUAAAUAAAUUAUGCUUUUUUUUUUUUAAUAAGAUAAA